AUGCAACAAGUUCAGGGGAAGAAGAACAUGAAAGAGUUGGAAUUUUUCACCGAGUACGGCGAUGCAAACCGUUACCGGAUUCUUGAGGUCAUUGGGAAAGGAAGCUACGGAGUUGUUUGUGCAGCGAUUGAUACGCACACGGGAGAGAAAGUGGCCAUAAAGAAGAUUAACGAUGUAUUCGAACAUAUCUCCGAUGCUCUCCGCAUCCUCCGUGAGGUCAAGCUUCUCAGGCUCCUAAGGCAUCCGGAUAUAGUCGAGAUCAAGAGCAUCAUGCUGCCACCAUCGAAGAGGGAGUUCAAAGACAUUUAUGUGGUGUUUGAGCUCAUGGAAUCGGACUUGCAUCAAGUCAUCAAAGCCAACGAUGACUUGACGAAAGAGCACCACCAGUUUUUCCUUUAUCAGAUGCUUCGUGCCUUGAAGUAUAUGCAUACAGCUAAUGUUUACCAUCGUGAUCUUAAACCGAAGAACAUACUCGCAAAUGCAAACUGCAAGUUGAAAGUCUGCGACUUUGGACUAGCAAGAGUGUCGUUCAAUGAUACGCCUACAACAGUCUUUUGGACGGAUUAUGUGGCCACAAGGUGGUACAGGGCACCUGAGCUCUGUGGAUCAUUCUGUUCUAAGUAUACUCCAGCUAUUGACAUUUGGAGCAUUGGCUGCAUCUUUGCAGAGGUAUUAUUAGGGAAGCCUUUGUUUCCUGGAAAAAGUGUUGUCCAUCAGUUGGAUUUGAUUACCGAUCUUCUUGGCACACCAAAAUCAGAGACCAUUGCUGGGGUUCGAAAUGAAAAAGCUAGAAAAUACUUGAACGAAAUGAGGAAGAAAACCCUUGUCCCCUUCUCUCAAAAGUUUCCUAACGUAGAUCCUUUAGCAUUGCGCCUUUUGCAAAGACUGUUGGCCUUUGAUCCCAAGGAUAGGCCGACUGCUGCAGAGGCGCUGGCUGAUCCUUACUUUAAGGGCCUUGCUAAAGUUGAGAGAGAACCUUCUUGUCAGCCAAUCUCGAAGAUGGAGUUUGAGUUUGAAAGACGAAGGUUGACAAAGGAUGACAUUAGAGAGCUAAUAUACAGGGAGAUACUAGAAUACCAUCCGCAGCUGCUCAAGGAUUAUCUGAAUGGAUCUGAAGGCUCAAAUUUCUUAUAUCCUAGUGCCAUCGGUCAUCUGAGGAAACAGUUUGCGUACCUAGAAGAAAAUAGUGGCAAAAGUGGGCCAGUCACACCUCCAGAGAGGAAGCACGCUUCUCUUCCACGGUCUACAGUUCACCCCAGUGUUGCAGUCUCCAACCCUCAAACUGGCAUAAAUGCACCAGAGAGUCGAUAUGUUCCUUUCGACCCUUCAAGAAAUGUAACAUCAGCAAAUUCAACUAAACCUUUAGGACCCCCUCCGAAAGUACCAUCAGGUAAACCAGGCCGUGCUGUGGAAUCAUCUGUAAAUUAUGAGAAUAACAGGACAUCGUAUUACAGAAGCACGGUGCUCCCUCAACAGACCGUGUCUCCUAACGGUUACUUCCAUCCUAAUGCCAUGAACCAAGAGAAGCGCGGUGUCACAGAAGCUGCUUCUCAGCCAAAACCGCAGUUUGUUGUCCCUGCGCAAUGCAACUCCGUGAAAGCAGCUGCUGAGCUGAACCCAAACCCUUACGUCCAAUCACAGCACAAGGUGGGUAUUGAUGCUAAGCUGUUGCAGGCACAAUCCCAGUAUGGCCCUGUUGGAGCAGCCGCGGUUGCAGUAGCAGCACACCGGAGCAUAGGCACCGUUGGGUAUGGCAUGUCUUAG